UUGCUAAAUGGCUAGCCUGUGAGAGCUGAGAGAUCCCAGGCUGCUGCCGUCCGUGUGCAGUCGCUUGUUUAGGAUUAAGGAGUUGCCCGGCAGUGCUUCGGGUAAUGGCUGUAGCGGGAAUCUGCCCUGAAAAACAGCAUUCACAGAUAACCAGCUGACGUCAAACCAAUCUGUUUCCCAUCUGGCUCAUUGCUGUUUUUCGGUCUCCAGUUGCCUCUCGUGCUGUGGCCCUGCAACAUGGAGAGUGUCCACUGUCUCACUGAAGGCUGACCAGAAGGAAUGAGGCACUUCAGGAGAUGUUCCCAAGUGGCCUUGUGGAUACAGUAGCUGGGUUUUGGAGCUCAUUUUUAUGACUUUCAUUGCAUGUGCAUCUGUGUGCACAUCUUAGCACAGCCUGCCUAAUCCUUGGGCAGGAACAUGCUAUUCGGAGAUUAGAACUGGGGGAACAAACCAGAAAGGAGCCCCUCUGUUAAACGAGGAACACGACCAAAAUAAAAGGGAAAAAAGCUGUCUGGUAGACACACAAGUUACUUCAGUGGCAGUUUCCACUCGUUUAAGUGUCUUUUGAGCCACUGCACGUUUUUCCAGCAACACCUUUCCUCUGUCCAGUGAGACUUUCCCCACCCCCUCCUUAUAGAUUCCUCCAUCGUUGUUACUGGAGUUUCUAUGAUUUGCAUGGCUGGAGAAUAACCGUGGAGAGGCCAGGGUAUCACAAGCUUAUGGAUUUUGACAAGAGAGGGGGCAAGGGAGAGACAGAGGAAGGGAAAAAGAUGUCUAAGACAGCAGGCAGCAGGACUGGACAUGGGGGCAGGAGUUCAGGGACCAAUUCUGGAGUUCUUAUGGUUGGCCCAAACUUCCGUGUGGGCAAAAAAAUCGGCUGUGGGAACUUUGGAGAGCUGCGGCUGGGAAAAAAUCUCUAUACUAACGAAUAUGUGGCCAUCAAAUUGGAACCUAUAAAGUCCAGGGCACCACAGCUUCACUUGGAGUAUAGAUUUUACAAACAGUUGGGAAAUUCAGGUAAGAAAGAGGGAAUCCCUCAGGUGUACUACUUUGGUCCUUGUGGGAAAUACAAUGCUAUGGUGCUGGAGCUCCUCGGGCCCAGUCUAGAGGACCUGUUUGACCUCUGUGACCGCACAUUUUCUCUCAAGACCGUCCUCAUGAUAGCCAUACAGCUGAUAACAAGGAUGGAGUACGUGCACACCAAGAGCUUGAUAUACCGUGAUGUGAAGCCAGAAAACUUUCUUGUCGGGCGGCCGGGAAGCAAGAGGCAACACACCAUCCACAUCAUCGACUUUGGUCUGGCCAAAGAGUACAUAGACCCCGAGACCAAAAAACACAUCCCCUAUCGGGAGCACAAGAGUCUGACUGGGACGGCGCGCUACAUGAGCAUUAACACACACCUGGGAAAAGAGCAAAGCAGAAGGGAUGACUUGGAAGCACUGGGUCACAUGUUUAUGUACUUCCUCCGAGGGAGCCUCCCCUGGCAGGGUCUAAAGGCUGACACUCUGAAGGAGAGGUAUCAGAAAAUAGGUGACACCAAACGAGCGACUCCCAUCGAAGUGCUUUGUGAAAGUUUCCCCGAAGAGAUGGCCACCUACCUGCGCUACGUGAGGAGACUGGAUUUCUUCGAGAAGCCUGAUUACGAUUACUUGAGGAAGCUCUUCACUGAUCUGUUCGACAGGAACGGCUACGUCUUUGACUAUGAAUACGACUGGGUCGGCAAAUCUCUCCCCACACCGAUCGGCCCCAUCCCCAGUGACACGCCCCUGCAGCCCAGCAGCAGAGACAAAGCACAACAGCAGACCAAAAACCAGUCACCUGAGCCCAAAGGAAGUGAGUCUCAGCCCACUCCAGUGACCAAUAAGGAGACUCUGGGGUCGCACCUCACAGCUGAGCGGCUGGGGGGCUCUGUUCAGGUGAUGAGCUCAACGAAUGGCGAGUUGAACACUGAUGAUCCCACAGCCGGACACUCCAACGCUCCCAUCACUGCUCCCACUGAGGUUGAAGUGGCCGACGAAACCAAGUGCUGUUGUUUCUUCAAAAGGAGAAAGAGGAAAGCCCUCCAGAGGCAUAAAUGAAAGACGAGAACCGAGAGAACUUGAACCAUUGUGAUCACUGUCAAGUUUUAAAUGGAAGCAACUACACAGGCACCCCACCCCAAAAAUCCACUCCCGUAUCUCUCGCCAGCUGCCCCCCCUCCCCUCAACCUCACACCUUAUCUCUCCAGUCACCUCCUCCUCUCCUCACGCUCUCUCUCUCGCUCUCAAUGCUCCCCGGCUGCCGGCGGGUUGAAGGAAUGUUGCAGUCCUACUGACUCCUCAACAGACUCUGGAUUCCUUUCAAUGGACGGAAAACAAACGUACCUACUUUACAUCAGGAGGGAGUGGGAGGGGCUUGAGAAAAGUUUAAAAAGCUGUAACAAUGAAACUCAAAUACCGUGGCGUGAAUAUGAAAAAAGAUACUGUUUGAAACAGUUGUUGUAUUCUAGAUUUCAUAAAGAGCGUGUCAGUCAGCUGUUGAUCAGGGGAAACGUUCAAGUGGAUCGAGUGAAUGGAAUCUGCUCUUAAGGAACUUGUUGAUUUGUUUUUGUUUUUUUUGUUUUUGUUUUUUUUUUUCAUUUUAUUUCUUUGAUGUUUGUUUUGGGAUCAAGGUAAAGAGGAAAAGGUAACUAUGCUGAUGUUUAAAUCUGAGAGACACAGGAAGCAUUUCAUCUAUAAAACAAAUUUUGGAUGAUUUUUAUGUAAUUAUUUCUUCUUUUUUUUUUGUAAGUGAUUCCUCGGUUUUUUUUUUUUUUUUUUUUUUUGACAUCGAAUCCCUGCAUUGAAAACUUUUUUUUAUGUUGUAGUGUUCUGGAGUUCAAAUCUUUCCUCACUCUGGCUUUCUUUUUGUCUGUCAAUGUGGACUUAGUAGCACAGUCACUGGUCUCAGGUACUGUGGAAGAACGAGAGAUACCGAUUUUAAGCUCUCUUAUUAUUAUUGCACUUUUGGGGAAGAAAAACAAUUACAGAGGAAAACUUUAGGUUUGAAAUUAACAAUAAAGAAAAGAACUUAAUAAAGACUGAUUUAGGAAGAGUCUUUCGCAAUGCUUAUAUCUGAGUUAUGGCUGAAAAGUGUUGAUUUACAUGAAAAAGCAAAAAAAAAGAAGUUGUCUUUUGAAUUUCAUUUCUUACAUCGAGAUAAUUUACCAGGAAAUCAUAGUUUGUGCCUUUCUAAGUAAAAUGUUUAAAGCUGAGUAAGUAUCCCAUGAUGACAUUUUAUCUAAUCUGACCCGUGUGUGUGUGUGUGUGUGUGUGUGUGUGUGUGUGUGUGUGUGUGUGUGUGUGUGUGUGUGUGUGUGUGUGUGUGUGUGUGUGUGUGUGUGUGUGUGUGUGUGUGUGUGUGUGUGUGUGUGUGUGUGUGUGUGUGUGUGUGUGUGUGUCCCACUGUUCUACAUGAAAAAAAAAUAAGAGUCACUUGCGAGGUUCUGAGUCUUUCUCGUCUGCUGUAGUUUGUAGUUUUUGAUGCCAUCUGAAGUUCACAUUUCAUGGCCUUCAAUUCUACACUGAACCCCUAAAUUGUCUUCAGAUGAAUCUUGUUUUCAUGCUGCAGCAUCACCAUCCUCUGAACAAGAGAUGCACAAUGAUAAUGUUGCCUCCACUACAAGGGUCCGUGUUUUGUCUGAAAAUUACAGGAAAAUAUUGGAGCGGACGUCAAUGAUGAACCAACAUACUUGGAAAAGACGACCAGAUAAUAAUGCAUCUCAAUGCCUCCGUCAUGCCAUGUUUUUGUUAAACUGAUCAUUUUUUUCACUCUUGCAUUCUGCCUGGUGGAGUUUUCCUUGAAGAUCCACCUGAGAUAAACUAUAGUUUUUCCUCCUACACAGAAGAUUCUGUCACAUCUGUAAAACCUGGCCCAUUUUAGACGAUGUGUCCAUGAGGUAGAAGCCCAGACUUGGUCCAACUUUACAUUUGCAGGAAUAUUGGGAACUACAGUAGGAGUCUGAAUGUUUUUUUUUUUUUUUUUUUUUUUUUGUUCGUUUGUUUAAAUUUGAGUUUUGAUGUGAGUUCAUUGUUAAACUGAAGGAAAGCCUUGGUCACAUUUGACUUGCACAAGAAUUGAUGAGCUUUUAAUGAGUUUACAGCUGAGCUUCUCAUUUAAGUCAAACCUCAAGCCAUGAAGGGAAGAUAAUGUAAGGAAAGAACCAAGCAGUUGUACCUGGUAGCGGCAUUGUCGGCUAAAUUCAAGACCCCACAUGAGGCCUGUACACUGCAGAGCUGUAUGUUUGCCGCUGUAUAUUAACCCAAACUCAUCUCCAGAUGUUCCGCGGAUCACGCAGGACGCUCCUGUGCGCUCUAAUGCGUGGGGCCGUCGCUGUCCAAAGAGCUGAGAAGAGCGCAGUAAGGAAACUCUCUGAAAGAUAGACCGGUUCAGCUGAGCAGCAAAGGGACCCAGCUUGGCUUAACCCAUGACAUUUGCUUUAUCUGACUUAUAUUUUUUUCUCUUUUUGAAGAUGCGCAGACCAGAGUUGAACUGUGUUUCUGCUCUCUUAGUGUAACUAUUUGCAAUAUGUAUUUGUAAAUAUGACAACGACAGAUCACUAAUUGUGAAUAAAGGAAGUUUUAUCACAG